CGAUGGAGGAUGUGCGGCUGCCGCUGCCGGGGAUGCUCAUCCCGGCCCCGCCGCUCCCCUUCCCUCGCCGCGCUUUCGCUUUCACUUCUGCCGCCCCUGGGCAGCGCUUCCCCGCGGGGUUCGUGCGCUGAGCAGCUCGUGCUGAGGUGGGAUGCUUCCAGACACAGGGAGACAAAGCCCGCAGAGUUUGAUAAUGGAUGUGCUUUCUUCACUGGACCCCCACACAAAGCUAAAACACCUAAAGCUGAUUCCAGAUCUGUUGCAAUGAAAAAACCAGGAAAAGGCAGCCCAUUGGGCCUCGCUGGAAGCCAGCCAAAGAGCCUGUUUCGUGAUUGUGCAGUACAUUUAUUCUGCCUUUCAAACUUAAAGAUAGAAUGAUGCCAAACGCUAUUCUUUGGUGGAGCAGCUUGUAUGUCAGACUGAUGUUUGUGUUCUGGCCAUGUGCAUCAGCUGGAAAGCAAUGUCAUAUCCAAAAUGAAAUGGCUGACUGCAGUCACCUAAAGCUGACUCAAAUUCCCUCUGAUCUCCCAAACAAUAUAACGAGUUUGGACAUUUCUCAUAACCAGCUAAGACAGCUAGGCCCUGCAAAUCUGACCAAGUACAGCCAGCUGGUUUACUUGAAUGCAGGCUACAACAGCAUCUCUAAACUGCAACCAGAACUGUGCCAAAAUGUGCCCCUUUUGCAGAUUCUGAAGUUAGAACAUAAUGAAUUGUAUAAGCUCCCUGACAAAGUCUUUUCUUCCUGCACCAACCUGACUGAGCUCAAUCUGGGAUUCAACAGACUAAAUAUAAAAAAUGAUCCUUUCAAAACCCUGAAGAACUUGAAUAUUUUGGACCUAUCUCAUAAUUCUUUGAAGUCAGCCAAUUUAGGAUUGGAGCAACAGUUGGAGAAACUCCAGGAGCUCAUGUUGGGUCGUAACCAAAUUACGGAGUUGAAAAAAGAAGACUUCAGUUUUCUAAGCAAUACCUCAUUGAAUAGUCUUGAUUUGUCAUCAAAUCCACUAAAAGAGUUUCAUACGGGAUGUUUCCAUUCAAUUGGAAAUCUGUUUGGCCUCAUACUGAACAAUGUUGAACUUUAUGAAAACCGCACAAAGAAACUUUGUAUGGAAUUAUCAAACACAGCAAUUCGAAACCUCUCACUGAGUCAUGUGAAACUUUCCUACAUUGGCAACUCAACUUUCCAGGGACUGCAAGGAACAAAUCUUACAAUUUUAAACCUUUCCCAAAAUUCUCUCUCUGCCUUAGAAAAUGACUCAUUUCAGUGGCUUUCAAGUUUACAAUAUUUAAACCUGAAGCUUAAUAAUAUUCACAUAUCAUCACGUUUAUUUUAUGGAUUAUCCAGCCUUAAAUAUUUGAAUCUCAUAAACUCAAUUACUGGGAAAAUUGAAGAUUUUUCUUUUCAUUGGCUAUACCACCUAGAGUACCUUAUAAUGGAUAAUAACAAUUUUCCAGGAAUUACUGCUAAUACGUUCACAGGUCUGAACAACCUGAAAUAUCUGAGUCUCUGCAACUGCAACAUAAACUUACAAAGAAUAACUAAUAAAACAUUUUCAUCACUUGCUAAUUCUAGUUUACAGGUUCUCAACCUCACUAAAACCAGAAUCUCUACAAUAGAAAAUGGGGCAUUUUCCUCCCUGGGACACCUGAGAAUUCUUGAUCUUGGUCUCAAUGAAAUUAGUCAACAGCUUACGGGUCAUGAGUUUAAAGGUCUCAAUAAUAUAGAAGAUAUUUAUCUUUCCUAUAACAAAAACUUGACUUUGCAAAGUGAAUCAUUCAUUUUUGUCCCAAGCCUUCGAAAACUGAUGCUGAGUAAGGUAGGCUGCAGUAAUCUGGCACUUUCUCCUUCACCUUUUCAUCCUCUACGAAACCUGACUAUCCUGGACAUAAGCAACAACAACAUAGCAAACAUAAAAGAAGAUUUGUUCGAUGGACUUGACAAACUUGACAUCCUGGAUUUGCAGCACAAUAAUUUAGCCCGACUUUGGAAACAUGCAAAUCCAGGUGGUCCUGUUCUUUUUUUAAAAGGUCUUCCCAAUUUGCAAAUUCUUAAUUUAAAAUCAAAUGGGCUUGAUGAAAUUCCAGUUCAGGUUUUCAAGGACCUAUUUCAAUUAAAACACUUGGAUUUAGGAUCGAAUAAUUUGAAUUUGCUUCCAGCAACUCUGUUUGAUGACCAGGCCUCCCUGAGUUCAUUGAACCUUCAAAAAAAUCUGAUAACCUCAGUUGAAGAAAAAGUAUUUGGCCCACCUUUCAGGAGCUUGAAAAUACUAGAGAUGGAUUCCAAUCCCUUUGAUUGUACCUGUGAAAGCAUUGCUUGGUUUGCUGAUUGGCUUAAUAAGACCCAAGUAGAGAUACCUGGACUGAGGUCCCAGUACAUUUGCAACACCCCACCUAAAUAUCAUGGCAGUCUGGUUUUGUAUUUUGAUACUUUAGCCUGCAAAGACAGUGCUCCAUUUCAACUUCUUUUUGUGAUCUCUUCCACUUUUGUGAUACUACUCAUUUUUAUUGUCCUUACCAUCCAUUUUGAAGGGUGGAGAAUAGCUUUCUACUGGAAUAUUCUAGUCAAUCGAAUGCUUGGUUUUAAAGAAUUUGAGAGACAACAGGAACAGUAUGAUUAUGAUGCUUACAUUAUUCAUGCAAAAGAGGACCAGAAUUGGGUGUCCAAAAAUUUCAUGUCCCUGGAAAAAAAUAACCACUUUGAAAUCAAGUUUUGUUUAGAAGAACGGGAUUUUGAAGCAGGUGUAUCUGAAUUUGAAGCCACAAUUGACAGCAUAAGAAGGAGCAGGAAGACUAUUUUUGUUGUGACUGAACACCUGUUACAGGAUCCGUGGUGCAAAAAUUUCAAGGUAUAUCAAGCUCUUCAGCAAGCUAUUGAACAAAGUCGGGACUCCAUCAUACUGAUCUUUCUUGAUGAUAUCCAAGAUUACAAGUUGUACCAUGCACUUCAACUGAGAAGAGGAAUGUUCAGAUCCCGCUGCAUCUUGAACUGGCCAGCCCAGAGAGAACGAGUCAGUGCAUUUCAUCAGCAAUUAGUGAUGGCACUUAAAUCUAAAAGUAAAGUGCACUGAUUUUUGAACUACAGUUUUGAAUUAUGGGGUCAUUUUUGUCAUCCUGUAAAUACACAUAGGAGUCACUAUAAUUUAAAUUUAUUUGUUUAUAUUCAUGUUUUUGCUGAUAUUUUAAUUCAGCUGCACUGAAGUGACGUUAGAAGGGAUCAUGGUGGAUAUUCAUUUCAAUCAGUGUAUUAAAAAUGUGGUAGAAAUUCUGAAGAGCAGAGACAAUCACUGAUAUUCUAGGAAAUUAUGUAGGGUAGAAAAGACAUAGACUCUCUAAGGGGAUAUAUAAAAACAAAUGCAUUAAUGAUGAAACAAGAAAUUAUUUGUAGAAUGUAGAGUGGACACUACCACUUGCUUUUGAAAUAUGGGGGAUUCAGUGCCUCAAACUGGAAAGCUUUCCUUGUGAAGCACAGUAAGUAACACAGAAAAUUACUUCUGUAAUUCAAACCAAGAAAUAUAGCCUUUUUAAAGUUUUAAAACCUUUGUGAUUAUGUCUUCUGUGGGGGCUAAUACUGGUUGCUGUCAAAAAGUGACUUUCAGGCUGAUGAGUCAACUGAUUUAAUAAAUUUGGUAUAAGGAAAAAAAUUUUUUUUGCUCUUCUCUGGUGAAAUUCAGAGAGCUGUCAGAGAGACUGUCACCAUGAUUCUUAGAAUGCAACACAAAACUGUAUGCCUGUACACAGAACUUGAAAUCAAUAUGAAGAAUGGCCAAGGCACAGCUGCUGUACCUGUAUAAAAUGGAUAAAGACACAGAUAUUUUAAUUAUAUGUUGGAUCCCAGAAACCUGGUUUUUUUGAGCUUUCUGUGCUUUCUGGCACUGACCCCCUGGAGAACACUGCUUUUGACCUGAGGCCUUGAAGAAGGUUUCUAAAUCUGAGUGAUGGAGUUAAAGUCACGGGUGUGUAGUUAAAUAGAAGUGUGUGAUUUCAAAUGGUGAAGGGUUUUUAAUUUGAGGUUUUUAUAAUACAGUAAUAGGUAUGGGACAAGGUGGAGGAUUUUGGGUGGUGUCUCUUUUUGGUGUUCAUCUUCCUUCUUCAUGAUUUCAGGUAGUAGUUUCUAGUUGGACAUUAGUGCUGCACUGCGGCUCACAGGAAUUUAGUUAUUGGGUCAAAAGUAUAAAUAAUAUAGGUGUUAAUUCUCUAUUGGAUUGUUUAGCUCUAAGAGACCUUGUAGCUAGCUAGGUUCACCUCCAGUUUGCUCGCUUCUAGCUGGAAGCUGCAAGUGUUGUCUCCGUACUUUAGAUAAGAUUUAAUAAACAACCAAGCCCAAACACGAGAAAUUUUGUCUCCUUCAUGUUUUUUAAUCCUGGCUUUGAGUGAAGACAGAAGAAACUUCAGACAAGCCACUGGCAGCUAAAGAAAUCUGAUAGAAUUCUGUAGUUUAAUUUCUUGCACAUUAACUAGUUUGAUUUUUUUUCCUGAACAUAUUUUACAGAAAUGUGGGCUAGAUGGCAAUUGCCAGGGCAUUAAGGUUCAAACAUAUGGUCUAGAAGCUUGAUCUGGAGAGAGAGCUGAGACUGAGCAAAAGGUGCUUUGCAAGGGUGUUUAUAACAUUUAACACUGGCUAAAAUGGUGAGUCUGAGCACAAGUUCUUGUAAAAUAGACACAAGGCAGUAAUUUGUAUAUUUUUGUUAAUAUUUAAUUGCUGCUUCAAUUGCUGCUUAUAAACUUUGUCAGCUUUUAGUAGGUCUGUCUGUGAUCCUUCAGUAGCUCAGGAAUAUUUUUAAACUGCUUUUUCCCCCUAGCAUUUCCCUCAACUUCAAUUCCACUAUUGCUACAAGAAAGCUGCUUUACUGCUUUAGAAAACAGUCCUAUAUUCAAAAUUUUAAACAGCUUUUCUCAUUAGUUGCUAUAUCUAUAGAUAAAAAAACAUUGGGUUUUAACGGGUUUCCUAUGUUCCAUGAUGAUAAAAAUGUAAAC